AUGGCCAAAAAGACCCGCAGCCUUCUCCAUGGGGAGAUCACAUACUCAUUCGCCAAAGAUGAGGAAGUCAACAUCCUCCAUCGCCUAGGAUAUGUCAAGCAGCGCGCAAAGUUCUUCAAUGUCUUGUACCGCAAGCGCGCCUGGAUGAAAGCCAUCGUUGCCCACCACCUUGGCGCAUCUCCCAAUGCUUGCUAUGUGGCUGGCUCCCAGGACUGGAUCUAUGGCAGUUUCAAUGUCUGUAUUCCGGUCACUGUCUCGUCAAGCUGGAGGAGGAAAACGCAAAGACUGAUGCUCCGGUUCCCCCUUCCAUAUCGUGUUGGUGACCACUUUUGCCCAGGAAAUGGUGAUGAGAAGCUUCGAUGUGAAGCUGGGACCUAUGCGUGGCUUCAGCAGAAUGCCUCAGAUGUGCCCAUCCCACACAUGUAUGGGUUUGCUUUAUCGACUGGCGAGACAUUCACCACAGCCACUUGCUUGUCAUUCUGGAAGCGGUGGUUUUUUAAACUCCGGUGCUCCGUCCUGUCAUUCCUUGGAUGUCCGCUGCCUUCGCGCUACGUUCCCCAUCGGCCACAUAGUCAAGCCACGGAUAUCGGCUACCUUCUGAUUGAGUACAUCGACAACUCGGCCGGCCGGAUGCUUUCUAAUACUUGGAGUACAAAAAGGCAUGACGACCGGUUACGUGGGAACCUCUUUCGCUCACUUUCUCAAAUCCUGUUAAGCAUCACACGAACCCCAUUACCAUGUAUUGGAUCAUUCAUAAUUGAUAAUAAUGGUUAUCUACAACUCACCAACCGGCCACUAUCACUUGAAAUCCAGGCACUAGAGAAUGAAAACAUUCCAACUGACAUGCCUCGCAAUUACACUUACGCCACAGUCGACUCCUAUAUCCUUGAUGUUCUGAGGAUCCAUGACAACCAUCUCCUUCAUCAGCCCAAUGGAAUCAACAAUCUUGGUGACUACAGUUCCCAGGCAGCAGCUCUGACAAUUCUACGAGCAGCUUUGCCAUCCUUCUUUGACCCAGGUCUGCGUCGCGGCCCUUUUGUGUUGACAUUUACUGAUUUCAACCAGAGCAACUUUUUUGUGGAUGAAGACUGGAAUGUGACAUGCAUUGUGGAUCUGGAGUGGAUGUGCUCAUUGCCUAUUGAGAUGUGCCGCAUUCCCCCAUGGCUAACAAACAAAGCUGUGGAUGAGAUUGCUGAACAGCCUGAAGAGUAUGGUCAACUCAGACAGGAACUAGUAGAUACACUUGCAGCAGAAGAAGCAAAUCUGCUUGCCACAAACAAGGCGGACGCCCAGCAGCAUCGUCUGUCAAUGGUCAUGAAUCAAGGUUGGGAACUAGGAACAUUCUGGUAUUCUCUCGCACUUCGAAGUCCCACAGGUCUUCACGCGCUCUUCUACAAACAGAUCCAGCCGAGAUUUCUCCAAAAAUGUCCGGAACAUACAGAAUUUGACAAUAUUGUCCCAUGGUACUGGAGAACCGAUUUUCUUGAGGUUGCCAUCAAAAAGAUGGAGGAUAAGCAAAACUAUGAUAGGCAACUGCGAGAAGCCUUUGACCAGAAUGAGGGCCCGUGA